CUAUAAUAUAUCUGUAGCUGGAGUCAAUAGUGUUGGAGAGGGUAAUAGUUCAACUAUUACUACAUCUUCAGUCUUUAACACUUUAAAUGAUAUCUUCUCAGAAUUGAGGGCUACUGAUCAUCAUUUAAUUCGAGACAAAAAGCAGUGGAAAAUUAGUGUACCCUUAUUUGGUUAUGAACAGCAACACAAAAAAAUUUUGAAUGAUGUUAGUUGCAAUGCAUUUUUUGCCUUUCAUUUGGAGCAUACUUCUACAAAGAUUAUAUACCUAUUGAACAAGACACGUGUUAAUGAUGGUAUAUUAGAAAAUGGUCCUAUUGAAAUACCAGAGAAGGCAUUCUAUUAUAUUAAUGUGUCACUUUAUGCAUUUCAAAGGCUUAUAUAUACUUCAAGUGUAACCUCUAUGCUCAGUACAUUUGACUUACAAGGCAUCAGAAACCAGCCCCAUAGUAAUGGUAGUGUUAGUUUGUAUACUGACUAUGUAGACGGUGCCAUUACUAGUGAAUGUGGAGUUCAAAUUAUUUGCUUGAACACUAAUUUGCACUCAAAUUAUACUUUUACUUAUGAAAAGCUAUUAUCUAAAGAUGAUGGGAUAGCAAAUUCUACUUGUUUUCUGCAAGGCUAUGAUAUUGAUAAUUUCACUAAUUCUUGGAAAGGACCUGCAGUUAAUGUCACAAUUAUCUUCAAAUCAUUUGAGGAAGUUGAAAAUGACAAAGUACCUAACUCGUCCACACAUAACACAGUGAGGCUAAAGAAUAGUGAUGUUGGAAUUUUUGUGGUUAUUGUGGUAUCUACAAUCACUAUUUUGGCUUCUUUGCAUUAAAUAAUACUAGUAAUACUAUAAAAAUAGAUGAUUUGUUUUAUUAUGAGUUUUCAAAAGAUAGAAAAGGAUGUUUAAA